CCUCUAACGGCGGUGGUGUUGUUGUUAAGAGACGAACAUGGCGCAGGUGGACUAGUACUGCUGGCGAUUUGGAAGAAUACAACCAGAGGGAUAAUUUUUUUUUUGGAAAAGCUCGAUCCUGUACAAUGCAAGGGUGAAAUGGUCUCAAUCUUGAAUUGGAUCACUUCUACUGCUUCGUUGAUGACUAAAAGGCGACCAGGACGCAGGAAUACAUUCAACGCCAUUCAUAAACAUUUCUAUAGGACUUCAAACCCCUGAGUGUUGUUGUUGUUGUUGGAUAUUUAAAACGAUUUCUUACGGCUUACAGCAGAGCAUGGCCGGUAAAGUGAAAACGAGCAGUGAUUUACCUAAAGGCAUGGAUAGAUUAAAGGAGGAACACAGAAAGGUGGUGAAAGACUGCCAAAGUCAAAUCGCACACUGGAGAAAAUUGGAGAAUGAUUAUGAAAAUCUGCAGGAGCGCCUCAGCACUUUGCCUGAUAAGGUGUCCUAUGAUAUUAUGGUACCAUUCGGAUCUUUGGCUUUCAUGCCUGGGAAGCUGGUUCACACCAAUGAGCUCACGGUUCUCCUCGGAGAUAACUGGUUCACAAAGUGUUCUGCUAAGCAGGCUCAGACACUUGUAGAACACAGAAAGAAACAUGUAAAGAAUAAACUUGAUGAUUUGCACAAAGUGGUGAAGAGUUUUCAAGACAGAGCUGGCUUCACAGAAGAUCUUGAAAAGAUGGCCUGUGAUAGAGAAUUUGUAGACAUCAGAGAAGAAGUGGGAAAAGAGGAAGCAGUUACCAAAGGUAAACAUCGUGUGGCCCACAAGCCCAACUCCAAGCCUAAGGAGGAGUAUGUGCUGCAGCUGGAGGAGGAGGAGGAGGCAAACGAGAGUGUAGAUGAAGGAAACAGUAAAGGAGUGCUGACAGAGGAGGAGCUGUGGGCGCGGCUGGAUGAGCUGGAGCGUCUGGAGGAGGAGCAGGAUGAGAGAGACAGAAUGGACAGCACGGAUACCAACGGUGAGGACACGACUUCCUCUUCGUCAGAGGAAGAGAAGGAGGCAGAUGCUGGCACCACGGUCCAGGUUAAUGGCCAUGAGCAACACAGGGACUGUGCUCCUGCCUCUCACACAAGCCAGGUCAAUGGUAUCCAACCACAGCUUGAUGAUGAUGAUGAGCAAGAAGAAGGCGGCGAGGAGGAAGGCGAUGCUCUGCCAACUAUCUACUUCAGUCAUACAGUAGAGCCCAAAAAAGUGCGAAUAAACACAGGAAAGAACACUACUCUCAAGUUCAGUGAGAGGAAAGAGCAGAAAGAGCAGGCCAAGCGUAAAAAGAAGAAUGGCAAAUGCAACGGCCAUGCUGUUCACGAGCAUCAUAAAAUCACGACUCCUGCUGAUAUCUACAGGGUAUUUGUGGAUGUAGUGAAUGGUGAGCCUGUCCCAAGGAAAUCCAUCCUGAAGUCGCGCAGUCGUGAGAACAGUGUGUGCAGUGACACCAGUGAGAGCAGCACAGCAGAUUUUGAGGAGCGCCGUGCUUUUGUUAACCGCACACACAGCCAUGAUGAAGGCACUCACAGUGACACCAGUGAUGGUAUUACUGAAGAGGACAGUCCAACUGGAAUAAGUCUUCACCCUAAUGGACGCUUUGAGGCUUUUUCAGGGACAGUGAUUGAGAAAGAUCCACUGCCCUCAAUGAUCCCUCACCUGACGAUCACCCCUCCUGCGUUACCCACAAUCCUUGAAAGAAAGCAAGAAGAGGUGGGCUCAGAAGUGCCCCAGGAUCCACCCAAGAGGGUGUCAAAGUUCAAAGCUGCCCGGCUGCAGCAGAAGUGAGACUCUCUAAUGGUGGUGUGUGGGUGUGUUUUUUUUGUUUUUUUUUUUGUAUGACAGUAAUAAUUGGUGGUUCUGCACACCUCUGUCCUGCCUCUCCUUCUUAUUUCAGUCUUUGCUGCUGUUCUGUGCUGUCUUGCUCAAGCCAGUCCGGUCUAUUUUCACUGAAUAUGCAUUGUGUGCUAUGCAUUUUCUGAACAUCCGCUUUAUUCUGUCCUGUCCUAACAGUAGGAGAUGCAACACUGCACAAACAUGUUCAACCUCUCCGCUCUGCUGAAUUGGCCAGGCACAUUUUAUUCAUUUAUUCACUGAAACAAAACUGCAUAACUCACCUUUUCCAUAUAUACCUACUGCCUUUGCUACGUGUUCCUCUAGACCACACCUAUAUGAAUAGAAAACAGUAGCAUCAGAAAUAUGCUACACACACACACACACACACACACACACACACGGCAGGUUACUGUCUUUGUGAUUUUACUAGCUGCAAUGGUGACCUGUCAGAUAGAGGUGUUUUGUACCUUAUAAAGUAUCUCACAUGUCAGUCUGCUUUAACUUCUAAACCUUUCUAAGUCUUCUACAUUGAGAUUAUUUUGCUGUCUCUCCAGUCUUUGGAUGUGGAUCAGCCUUUUGUGAUUGAAUACAAAUGUUAACCAGAAAAUAAAGGAUUUUGCCAAUA